AUGGACAACCGGCAGAACUUCAACAUGAGCAUCCGCAACGUCGUGAAUUCAACGACUACGCCCCAGUCGGGGCAAUCCGACUACCAUGGGAAUCCCGAAAUUCGCACAACGGGCGCAUCGGGCGCCCAACACGCUUACCAUCCUUCCACUUCGGACUUCACUUUCCGGCCUCCUGCUGGAUUCAAUGUGCCCCGCCACUUUGAGAGAGCCCAGUUUACUACCGGCGCGCAAGUUGACCACCCGGGGAUGACGUACGAGGGGACACAUUACACCAUGGCCCCUCAACCCUUCGAGGUUAACAAUCGAACCUGUUUGCUCAAUAAGGGGUCACGUAUUGAUACCAUUCACUUCCAUCCCAAGUCGCCCUCUACAAUAGGAAAACCCCGUUCAUCUGGAUAUUCGCUUGGGCUUGACCUAAGCUCCCUCGGCAUGGCUCCGUCUCGCAUUAAGCCACAGUCACCCCAGGAGGGCUCGACCUCAUCCAGCAAUACGCCCACGGCUGAGCAGUCUUCUCCCAUGGUCGACAAUACCAGCAUCGAUGAAGACGAGCAGGAUUUAAAUCUUGAUUGGGUGACCAGAGCGGCCAGGUACUUGGACCCCCGAACCGAGGAAGACCGCACAGAUCGUAUCGCCCUGGAGGCGGACCUUCGCCGUGGUGGCACCCGUUGCUACCACACAAGCAAAUGCAACACCAACGCACCACCCCGCAAGGCCGUUUCUCAGUUCUUUGGGCGCAACAAAAAGGCAACGAGACAAAUGCCUGAUCGUGUCUGGUGUAACCUGUGUCGCAAGCACUACCAGCGCGCUCGUUACCGUAACUUGGCCGAAUACUCUCUUGACCAGUGCAAUCUCAUCAUCGGCACAAUCGUCCGUGCCCAGAUUUGGUCCGAUAUCAGCCAUUGGGAGAAUCCGAACCUGAAGGGAGGAACUCUGAACGGAUGGAAGCUUGUCCCCCGUAAGCGCGAGCAACAGCGUCAGGAAGAGGCCAGCAAGGCGCGUGAGAAGGCACGUCUUCAGAGAGACAAGAAGCGGUCGCGCGACGACUAUGAAGACGAACUCGAUGAACUCGAUUUCCUCCCCACCUCUAGGGUCGCGCCUGCCCUGCUCAGACUCUGCGAUCGUGUGUACUCUUCGGUCCAAAUCAUCGACAUCAUUGAGGAGCAUUUCAAAGCCCCCCUUGAGGAGGCCCUCAACUCCGGCCACCCCUCACAUGGCCUCCCCGACGUCGAGAUUCUUCCCGAGUAUGAUGGUACUGAUGAGACCCUCGAGAAGGAGCGCAAGGAGAAGGCCAACAAGAAGAAGGCCAACACGGGAAACGUGACCACCCCUGAGAAGCGCCGCAAGCAGGCCACCCCGGGCACCGACUCGGAUGACUCGAGCUAUCACUACCCGCAUCAGCAGCGUGCUGCUUACGGCUACGACGACAGGCAGUACGCCGGAGCUCACAACAACCUCCCUUCUCCCAGCCCCAGCAGAUCCAACUGGCCGGCUCAUUACUCCCAGGGUCCCUCAUAUUCUUACUCGUCCGGUAGCGGCUACAACGACUAUAACGACAGAUCGUAUGCUGAGCGCCAGACCAGUGUCUCCUCUCCCAACUUUAACAGAACUGACUGGGCUCCCAGCUACCGUCAGGGCCCCUCCAGCUACUACCAGUCUGGCAAUUCGGUCAACAGCGGGCUCCAAAACAACACAUCCGCCACCUACAGCGGUACCACUCUUGCCCCUAUCGGUUCCAGUCGCGGUUAUGUCAACCCAAGCUAUACUGGUCUUACCGCCAGCUACAGCGCUCCCGGCGGCUUGGGUACCGGUGGCAGCAGCAGCAUGUCCACCUCUGGAUCUAGCUUGAACCCCAUGCUCCAAAAUGACAACUCCUUCUACCAGCCAAUUUCGCAGAGGAGAGAGACCAUUGCUGCUUACCGCCCUACCCAGCCUUCUUCGUACGAGCCCCGUCGCACUUUCUCGGAAGCAAACAACCAGUACGCCGGCGGUCCUUCCAUCACCGCUUCGCAUGCCGCUUCCAUUCUCACCAAUUUCCAGGACAAUACACGUCCCAAGUACGAAGGUGGAAGUGGUACGUCUGAGUCCAUGCAGGGAUCUGGAUAUGCGGACUACUCGUCGGGCAGUUAUCCCAAUCGUUACUAA